AUGGUAAACAUGCCUAAAGAACGUCGCACUUAUUGCAAAGAUAAGAAGUGUCAGAAGCAUACUGUGCACAAGAUUACGCAAUACAAGGCUGGUAAAGCGUCAAAGUACGCUCAAGGAGCACGUCGUUAUAACGAUAAGCAAAAGGGUUUUGGUGGUCAAACAAAGCCUGUUUUCCAUAAGAAGGCGAAGACUACCAAGAAGAUUACGCUGCGUAUGGAAUGCAAGGAAUGCAAGACGAAGAAACAGCUACCAAUGAAACGCACGAAGCACUUUGAGCUUGGAGAGAAGAAGAAAUCAGCAGGCCAUCAGUACUAA